AUAUAUAUCACAAAUUCAGAAUAUUAUAUAUAUACAGGCCAACGUACAACAAGAGAAGAGACAACAAAAUUAAUGGCGUACUACAUUGAAGAAGAGAUCUGGAAAUGUCCGAAACACCCGUCAAAGAAACGCAGACCCGGCGUAUGUUCAAUUUGCCUCCGCAAUCGACUUUCCAAACUUUGCCCUCACUGCGCUAACAUGCGCCCUUGUUCUUGCUUAAUUGGCGCUGGCGGCGGAGGAUGCGACAGCGAGCCGGUGUUCUGUCGGUCAAAAUCCGUCGGAAUUCCAUUGAUUAAAUCGCGAGAUAUCAACUCCGGCAACCGAAGAAACCCGCUGGUGAGCGAGAAGAGUAAUAAAACGGCGUCGUUUUGGUGGAUCUUUAAGUCCAGCAAGAGAACUGCAGAAGCGGAGGGGAAAGUGAACGGAUUAGAAUUGAAAGAGAAAAGCACUGCUGAAAAUAAGUACUACUACAAUACUACGAGGAUUAAGGAAUUAUCGAGGAUGAUGAUGGUGAGAUCGAGAUCAAGAUCGGCGAAUGUAGAUAGGACGUCAGUCUCCGGUGGAAGUGAUGUCAUGUCGCCGGAGAAAUUGAAACGGCAUUUGUUAAGUCCGAUUAAGGUUUUCCGGCAAUCGAGUGCUUUAAAAUUGGUUUAAAAGCAAGGAGAUAUAAAAAAAGUAAAUAUGUAAAGAAGCCGAGUAAAUUCAAAAUAUGCUAUAUAUAUAUAUACAAAAUUUUAUUAUUUA